AUGAUCCUUCUAUUCUGGCGUAGACCGCCCUUCGAAGAUCAGACGAUCAUCGACUCUAACAUGCUCACCGAUGAGCUGUCCGCCGACCGACCGAUACCUCCUCUCAACCCCGAUACCUCCUCUCAACCCCGAUACCUCCUCUCAACCCCGAUACCUCCUCUCAACCCCGAUCCGGACUCCGUACCCCCGCAAGGCGAAAGACUGGCAGGAGUUUCAAUACUGAAACGCGCCAGAUCCAAGGCUGGCUCCCGUGCUGAGCUGGUUAGCCCUGCCAGCGUGGGAGAGUCGCAACUCGCGAUCGAGUGUUGUUGCCAAGCAGAUGAAAUACCAAUGCGGUCUUUAGUGCUCUGGAUAGGCGCGGAGGCGCGCGGGGCUUUUUUGGGAGAUCUCAAAUCUAUCGCCGAUCUUCUUGAAUUAGGAGAUGCUAGGACAACAGAGGCAGAACUUCCCCAAAUUAUUGCACAGUGGCUUAACGACCCGUCGAAUGGCCCCUGGCUACUAGUUCCAGAUGGUGUGACCGAAGCCGGCGUUCUCGAUUGUGGCAAGGCCGAUAUCACCGCCUCAGGCACCGAAAGCGAUCCUUGGCGGGGAAGCCUCGUCCGCCUCCUCUCAAAUGUCUCCCAUAGCUCGACCCGGAACACACCAGAGUAUCCAGCGUUCGAUGCGGCAGCACCGACCGUCAAUGGCAACAGCAAGGACGUGUUGCGACCUGACGACAAGGGCAUCCCAGUCAGGUGGCCAGGGUCACUCAUACCCGCUCGAUGA